AAUUUAUUUCUACCUCAUAAUCGUGUUAUUUUCAAUAGUACCUGAUUAAAUCGUUGUUAAAAUCGUCGAAAUAUACAUUCACGUGUGAAAUUAGUGUGCGUUUUGACCUAUAACUUUCUCAUAACCUAAGAUUCGACGUGUUUUUGUUAAUACGAAACGAUGUUGUUCGGAGGUACGUGGAACCAGUAUUUGGAUUUAUUUACGACUUCGAUAGGAUAUUGGCUCCCUUAGGAAGCGAUACUGAAGCGGUUGAUAACGGACAACUUCAAGAUCAACUCCGGCAACAGCUCCAAAAAGAGGAAGCAAGAAGAGGCUUUCUCCGCAAACUUCAAGCUGAAGAUGAACCCACAAUCAUUGAAAUUCAGCCCGUCAUCCCCUAAAUCUACUCCGUCGAAACGAAGAAUCCUUGGUGAAAUUACUAACAAUUUAUUCAAAUCCCCGAACACAACUCCGUUAUACAAAUCUCCUGUGAUUGAGAGGUUAAAACAGUCUCCGUUAAUAGACAGGUCGUUGUCUCCCGUGACAAGUAAAGUUAAGAGUACAAAUAAAAUUACUAGGAUAUUUGAAGAGCGGACACAGUUUAAGAUGGACAAGGAAAAUAAGGAGAAUAUUAUGAGUGAGACGUUUAUGAAGUUGGAUGUGGAGGAAGAGACCCGAGACUCAUUUGGAGAUGGAUUUGUCACUAAUAAGACCUGGUCCAAUGCUAAGCUGGACUUCACAGACGCCCUCCAGUCAAAACUGAAUGAAGAAAAGAACAUAUUCGUCCCUGAAAACGACGACGCCGACCUGGACUCAGAGUUCACAACUCUCCACGACUUGGAACAGGAGUUUGACAAUGACAACUUUGACCAAUGCACCAAAUACGAAAUCAUCUCAACGGACAGCCCCGACAUCAUUUCACGAGGUCGAUCUUCAACAUCACGGAAGGUCACAUCACGGAACUUUGUCUUCGGUGCUCCGUUGGCUGAAAACGAGCAGUCCACAUCGUUCAACCGUCCCAAUGCCAAUGCAACUCGCAUGUUGAAUUUCGAAGACGAAUCGUUUGAGUUCACAUCACCGGCUGCGAAACGACCAUCAACAAGUAAUAUGUCCGUUAAGAAAUCCUUAAAAUUCACUGAGACACCAACCAAGAAUCCGUUGAGGCACGAGAAGAGCGAUUCCAGUAUAGGUUCGAUGAGCAGUUCGCCAGCUUCAAGUCGGUUACGGAUAUUCACAUCCGAAUCGACAACAUCGAUGGAGAGUGGAUUCAUAUCUGAACUAGAAGAACCUUUCUUAGACAUCGAGGAAGCUUCCAAUUCUCCAAAAGUAGCCAACUUCAAUGACUUAUUGUCCGGUCAGAUAAAGGACAAUAUUCUGGUGGAGAACAAUUUCUUGAAGCGACCAUCAUUACAACGAUCUAUGAGUUUAAAUCCGGAGAGCAAAGCGAGAGUUUCUCUGUUCUCGAUAUUAGAGAGCCCGCAGAAGAAGAGUGUGAAGCGAGUGGAGAGUGUGGAGGGAGAGAGUGUGGACAGCAAGAGACGAAAACAGAAUCCGGGAGAUGAGGAGGAGAGGGAGCCGCGUCCGAUGCUGCAGCGCGCGUACUCCGAGAACAAUGCUUCUAUCAUGUCGGCUUUGGCGAGAUCGGCGCGGGAGCCGGACCUGAUCGGAGACUUCUCCGCGGCGUGCGCGCUCCCGCUCGCGCGCGGCGCGCACCCCGACCUGCGCGCUGUCUCCGCGCGCACGCUCGCUGGUCUGCUCGCCGGCCGCUACCGCCACUGCGUGCACCACUUCCAGGUGAUAGACUGCCGCUACCCGUACGAGUUCGCGGGCGGGCACAUCGUGGGCGCGCGCAACCUCUACACGCGCCAGCACGUGCGCGCGCUGCUGCACGUCGCGCCGCGCGCGCGCUGCGUGCUCGUGUUCCACUGCGAGCACUCGCUCGAGCGCGGGCCCAAUCUAUGCCGCUACCUCCGCUCGUUAGACCGAGAGGAAAACAUGGAUAACUACCCCAACCUCUACUACCCCGAAGUGUACGUCCUGCACGAGGGGUACAGAACCUUCUACAAAAACUACCCGGAGUUCUGCACCCCUAACGGAUACACCACCAUGUUGGACCCGAAGCACAGGCAUUUGCUGAGGAAACUGAGGUCUGAUCCUUCUUCAAGUAGAAAUAGGUUAGACAGAAAUAGGCUGUUACUGUAGAUUUUCUUUUGUCUUUUCAGUAGAUGUUUCUUUUUAAUAUAUACACCGGAUAUUUUAAAAAGAAAAGUCUAUUAAAUAGACCGGUCUGUUUAGUAAUCCGACUUGUAUUUUAGUAGACCAAUCUGUGUUUCAGUAGAACGGAUUAUAUUUUUAGUAGACCGGUCUGUUUAGCAGUCGGACCUGUAUUUUAGUAAACCGACCUGUGUUUCAGUAGAACGGAUUAUAUUUUUAGUAGACUGGUGUAUAUAUUUAGUAAGUACAUGUGAUGGAUCACGUUGAGUUUUUAUAUCAAUCUGACUCGUGUAUAUGUGUCACAGACCAUGCUUUCAGUGAAGGAAAACAUCGUGAGGGAACCUGCUUGUAGACUGUUAUGUUCACUAAUGUGUCUGACUGUUGCCACUAGAUGACGCCAGUAUCUAAUACAUUCAUUAGGAAGUAAUAGACCAACAGUCAUACAAGUAGACCUUAAUGUCUUUUCAGUAGACCAAAAGGUCUUUUCUGUAGACCAUCAGAUUUUUCAAUAGACCAAAAGGUCUUUUCAGUAGACCAUCAGAUUUUUCAAUAGACCAACAGUCUUAAUAGACCCACGGUUUUUUAGUAGAUCAUGCAUUAUGUGGCUAGUUUGUGUAAUGUAAAAGUUCUUUUGAGACCAAUUUUAUUCUUAGUAGUUAUUUUAGUAAUGUCGACGGUGAUUAUUCAUUAGAUUAAAAGAUAUAUUAAAAUUGAUAUGCUUACUUAGUCCAUAUCUCAUUUUGGCGAUGAUAAAUUAAAAAUAUAAUUAUAUAGAUUUAAAUGCAUAAAUGUUUCACAGUUUAAAAAAUUUGAAUUUCUGCUCAAUUAUGUUGAAAAUUUUCAGUGUAAUUUUUUUUUUCAUUUGGUUUGAUGAAAUUAUUUGGUGUUUAAUAUAGAUAUGUAAUGAUAUUAUUGGAUUUUCGAUGUUUCCUAAACUGAUUGAUAAAUGCGGUUAGAGUUUUAUUAAAAUAAGUUUUUCUCAUUGACCUUUCAAGAAAUCUCGAUAAUGUCUAUGAAGUUUUAUUUCUAUGCGAACUUUUUUAAAUUAUACCUCUUAGGCGAGUGAUGAAUUAUUGUCUGAAUUGUAUAAAACAGUAAGGUCUAUAAAAACAUUGGUUGCUCUUGACAACGGGUAGUUGAGUGUAUUAGUAAUAACAGAAAUAAAAUCUGUCUAAAAAUGCUAAAUGUGUAACAUACGACAAUCCUUUUAGCAUUGGAAGUAAUCUCGUAAAUUCUAUGAACAGCAUUAAACUGAAGUAUUCUUAAAUCUUUUGUUAUAAAAUCGUCUUUUAUGAUUGUCGAUUGAUCGUCGAUUCGGUCGAAAAAACAUAUUCGACAGCCUAAGUGCAAAAAAAAUAAAAUCUUAUAUUUAGAACGGACUUGUAAAUAGGUACAAAGAAAGAAAAAUGCCAUAUUAUACUUAAUCGUAGUACAAAAUUAGAUAGUGUGACGUGUAUCCCACCUAAUUACAUGCCAUUUUGUAUUUAAGACAUAUAUGCAAUAUAUUAAGCUAAAAAAUUAAAUGUAAGCGGAAAAAGUUUUCAAUUUCGAUACGUAAAACUUUUUAAAAGGGUUUAUUAUAUACUAUUUGUAAUUGUAAUAUAGUUUCACUGAUCUUUCGUUUAAUAUAAUAUGAUUCGAAUUUGAUUAUAUACUAUAUACAAAAAAUGUUUGCAAAAAAGAUUUCAUCAUUUUUUUGUAUGGUAAAUAAUUUUGCAUUAUUAGUUUUAGUAAAUAAAGGAUACUAACAUUAUAUUAUUUAAAAAAAAAAUUGAUAAUACUAAUUUUCAAUAAAUCCAGUAUAUAUUUUAGGUAGAGAUUAAACAAACAAUAAAUUUACAUCCGUUUUGUGGCACAUUCUAUUUAAGACAUUCUAGCAUGUGGCGUUAUAUUCUUUCGUCAUUUUUACACCAAACAAAACAUCGGUUAAAACAUCGGUUAAACAUGUCGAAAUAAUAUUUUCAUCAUACGUUUAUUAUUAUUUGCCACGUCCAAUGUAAUUACGGCUAAACUCGGUGUCACUCACGACACGACUUUAUAAGCUUUAACAUUUAUCAUGUAAAUAAAAAUGACAAGUAUCUCCUAAAGUAAAAAAAAAACUUAUGUUAUUGACAUUUGGUUUAACUACUUUAAGCGAAAUCCAGUUGGAAUUUAUUAAUCAUUAUGACAUGAAUGAUGGCAUAAAAUUCACUGUUUUAUUUGAUUUAAUGAACACUUCUCACCAAGUGGAUCAUAUUUUUGAAAUUUACAUAAAAAUGUAACCAAAAAACCAGUAGAGAAUGAGUUAUUUGUCUGUUUUUAUUUGUCCAAACAUUUUAUAUAAAAAUGACAAAUAAAGUAACUGUUCGGAAGUGUUUUGAGCCGUGAUAUUCGUUUUUUUUUAAUAAAAAAAAUGCACUAAAUAUAUAGUCUACCCUCUUUUAAUGAAAAUUAUAUACAAGACUACAUUUGUAAUAGUAAUAACUUUCAAGUGCUCACUAAAUGACAGUCAUUUAGUGAGCACUUGAAAGUUAAAACAUCUGUUAAUAUUCUUAACAAUGGUAAUUAAAAAAGCAGAUAUUAACGGCCCAAUAUGCGAUAAUGAUAAUCAGUUAAAAAUAUUUAGAGAUAAAUUUUUUUCUUUAUAAUUUUAUCUGAUUUUUUUUUUGAAAGCAAUAUUAAUACGCUUUUAUGUUAAGUUGAUAAAAAUCUAUUUAAAUAUUAUCGUAUUAUAGUAUAGUUUAUUAUAAGUUAUCAUGUACCGAUUUAAUUAGGUCCUUAACCAUAGACUAACGAUGCGUGCUUAAAAAUCUUGUAAAACAAGUUUCUGAACUUAACAAAAAAAAAAAAAGAAGAAAUGUACCACUAUUUCUCUUCUAAUAAACCUCCUAUUUUAGUGUCGAUAAAUUUUUCUGUCAUGAAUGUAUGAUAUCAUGGACCUAAUACGUAAUAUUUAGCGAUAUAAAAUUACGUUACGUUUGAAAUACCCGCCCUUUUGAUAAAACGUGACAAAGUAGAAACGUUUACAACUACAGCAUUUCAAAAUAAUCACGAAAAACUAAUAUUUUGUGAAAAUAAUGUACAAAAGAACCACAAUUCCGAUUAAAACUUACCGAUCAUAGCUAACUUUAUUUGAACUGUGCUUAUUUUAACUUUGUUUGCAAUUUUAGUUUAUAUUUAGACUUAGUUUUUGAAAUGAGAUUUUUCUGAGAGACUAAUGCAUUUUAUUAUUAAAAGAAAAACUGUAUGAAAGAUGUAUAUUUGUAUAGUAACAUGUAUAUGAAUGUACCAUCUUGCAUGGCUGUUGCAAGGUCAUAUUUACCUUUAUCUGACGAUUAUAGAUAAUAUUAUAAGCUUUAUUGACGUCUAUGACAAUUAUAUUCCGAAUGUCGCGUGAGUUUGCAAAGAAUUUGGCGUUUAUUGAGUGUAUAAUAAAAAAAAAAACAUCUUUAUAAAAUAAA